AUGUCGCCUCCUUACGACAAUCACGGCUCCUCCCGCAGGCGAGGCGUCUGGAGCCAUUGGGUGCCUCUUGCCAUCACCCUGACCGUGGCUACUGCCGGGCUCGCCGCUUGGGUUUGGAGUCAGCGCAAGGAGACUGUUGAAGACCACGCCGAGGCAGAGCCCGACUUGGACUACGAGAAUGCCGACUAUGGGGAGAAUCCGGCCUAUGCGACCGGCGCUGAGAUGGCCGAGGGCAACCGGGGAACGCGAACGGCGAGCGCCUUUACGUCGCAGCCGCAGCAUUUCUUCGACUCGGCUGGAAAGACGGUUGCCGCUGGAGUAGCUGCCGCCGGCGCAGCUGUCGGCAAGGCGCUGGCCUCGAUCCGCGAAGAGGACCGGCCCGAGCACGAAACGGGCGCCUGGCCUGAAGAACGAGAGCUCAAGAGAGAAAAGGGACCCGCGCCGAGCCUGAAGAAGCGCAAGACAGUUGCUAUUGUUAUCUCUGCCGAUUCUCAGUUUACCGACGACGACGACGACAUUGCUCAUGAGCAUGCCUCCAUCCUGAGCCACAUCCCCAAGCACAAUGACCUGUCUGCCAUCAAGCUCUUUGUCCUCAUCUAUGCACCUGGCUUAAAGGACAGCACGGCUGAUGCUGCUACGAGUAAUCGCCCGCCUCCUUCGGUUAGCUCGUCAUUCUCUAACGUUGGAUAUGAUCAAGCUCAAACUCCUGAGGCCAAAAGCCCAAUCCUUGGCGCUACGGCAGAAAACACCUUGUUCAAUGCCGUGUACUCGCAUGCCUUGGCUCUGGUGGACAAGGAGACUAUGAUCCUUCCCUUCACCACCCCCAACGGCCACACGCACAUCCUGCGCCACCUGCAGCCCGACAUCAUCUACCUCCAGGAGUCGCUUGCUGGCGACAGCGGUAGCUACAUCACUAACAUCCAGACCUGGCUCCGACACGACAUUGUCCUAGUUGUGGGCGCCGAAGACGGAUCUGGCGGCCUGGCCGACAGCGAAUCCGAGGCCGAGAGAGCUGACAAGGUCGAGAAGUGGUGGCAGAAGCCCGAGCGCGUCGGUCGUGGACGAGGCAUCAUUGUUGUCGACAGCGUGCGCGUUAAUGAUGAUUGGGCGCGAAGAGUUCAGGGCCGGGAAUGA